AGAAUUCGUAUUUCCGUACGAAAUACGGAACAUUAGUGCGGGGCCCCCAUUAGGCGCGGGGCCCAAUUGGGAGCAAUCGGUCAAAACGGCUUAAGGCCGGCCCUGGCAAUACUGUUCUAUGUAAAUAUUGGACGUUUGUUUCUCUUUAGUAACCAAGUGCCUCAGAUUUGAAUGGUAUAUGAUUUAGAAAUGGGUACUGAAGUUUUCCAAGUUAACAGCUUUUCUAUAUUGAUUUUCUUUCCAGAUACUUAUAAACGGCUCAAAACGGUACACAAGUCAUUAACUGCAAGCAAAAAUGAGGAUGCCGUUACUUUUGCAACUGGAAUAUUUGUACCAAGUGACCUUGUAUUAGAAAAAAGCUUUAUUAAGCAGUGUUCUAAAAUUUAUAAAGCUGAGCCGACAAAUGUGAAUUUUGCUGAAUCUGAAGCAGCUGCAUCAAUAAUCAACACAUGGGCUAAUUCUCAUACUAAAGGUACAUCGUCCAUAAAUCUAAUUAUCGUACCAAAGGUGCUGUAUUCGGCUCAUCGUCUACUCUGCCAUUCAAUCAUGGCUGAUCUAUCUCUUCCUCCUAACCCCAUUCUCCUGCCUUCUCCCCUUAACCCCCAACACGCCUCCUAUCUACAUACGUGUCCAAGUAUAGCAGGAAUUUUACUUCGGAGUCACGUGAGUGAUUCCGUGAAGAUCCCAGCCCAGUGCGCAGGUGUGGCAUUAUCGCACAGCUGUGCAAACUGCGGCCAGCAGGAGUCGGGCGCUCCCGCAAACCAAGGACGUGAGGUAAGUACUUACCUUAAUCGGGCCUUGUGGUUUUUGCUCCAGGGGGAGCAAAGCAGCAGAGGAAGCGGCCCCCGUUCGACUCCAGCGAAGGAGCCGACAGUGGAGGGGGAUAGGCGCUAACGGGACCGCACACGCUGCGGACCGCUGACAGGGAGCUGCGCUAUGCCGGUCCGCUGAACAGCUGUUUGGUAACAGCAGCGGACCGGCGGGAAGUUUAAAAACCCGACCGGCAGCCCUGCAGACUCCUGACAAGGAGAAUCGCCGCCCGGGAACCGCUACAAUGCCGCCUGAAAAACGGCAGGCAGCCUCUACAUACAGGUAAGACAAAAAACUUACCAAAAUUACAGGUUCUACAGGAACCAACUUCCUCCAACACUGGAACAGGCUGGAGACAGCAAAAACAAGUAUGUCUGUCUCCCCAAGCCAGAGGAGGUCAUGGAGUUCACCUCCAGGGAAAACGAGGGGCACUGGCUGAAUGCCAAGGGAGCUGACACUCCUACCCCAGUGCUAUUGCACUAGCCAUCUCCCUUGUUGAGGGAUUGAUACAACAAUGGAGUUUGAGCUAUGCCUCCUCCAAUUUAUA